AUGAGGAAAAUGAAAUGUACAUUUACUUUUUCUAUUAUUUCUGUUUAUGAAACUUUAAAAUAUUUUGGAUUAUUAACUUCGAUUUGGCCGAUUUUUUCUAAAAAUAGAUAUUUGUGGGUUUUUAUGAAGGCAGUAUAUUAUUUUAUUCUUGUUAAUUAUCUUUGUGUAUUUAUCCCUUUGAUUCUAAUGACACUCUUUAAUAUAAAUACAUCAGCAACUGUUACAAUAACUGCUGUUGAACAAAUGAUUAUUGUAGAAGCAGUUUAUAAUCUAUUGUACACCAGAUUUUACAGUGCUCAAUUUAAGAGUGCGGUAAAAGAAAUUGAAGAAUUUUUUAAGAACUCUUCUCCAAAAGAGAGAUAUAUUUUGGAUCGAUAUGCUACUACUCGUACAUUCUUCAAUAUUUAUAUUGCAAUCAACUACUUUGUUGCAAUAAUGUCUUUCAAUUUUGGACAACUUUUUUUAAAAGAUCGACCAUAUCCCUUAAAUUUAUGGUAUCCAUUUACAAUAAAAUCACAAGUUAUUGUAGUAAUUAUCUAUAUACAUCAAGUGAUCGUCAUAACGCAUACAUUAAUCCUUAUUGUAUUUGAUUUGAUUGUGCAAAUAUUCUUAUGGACUCUUGCAGCAAGAUUUGAACUCUUACAAGCAGAUUUUAAAAAAACAGCAUCGGAGAUGGAUCUAAAAUGCAACAUUCAGAAACACCAAUACUUAAUUAGGACCACGGAAGCAGUUAUUGAUUUCACUAAAUAUAUGAUAUUGAAAGUAUUCUUAGCUGUAACUAUUCUUGUGAUAUCGUCAACUUUACAAAUCCUUCAUCGGGGACCUUCAACAAUAAUUGUUCAGUUCUUUUUUAUAAUGAAGAUUGCUUCUAUGAGAGCAUUCGCUUACUGCUGGGCAGGCCAUAGCUUAGCAGAAAAGACUGGAGGUUUAGCUCGGUCAAUCUAUAACUCCUAUUGGAUAAAUCAAACACAGCGUAUGAAAACAAAUGUACUCAUCGUGAUGCAAAGAUGUCAAAAACCUACAGUUGUCAAAAUAAGUGGAAUCAUUUCAUCACUAUCCUUUAGAUUUUGCGUCAACUAUUUUUAUAUGAUUUACUCUGCUUUUAUGACGUUGCGUGCCGUACUAGAGGUGUAA